UGACCUGAAACCCAUUGCAUAGGAUUCAGAAACCAAACGAAGCAGAAGAAAAAAGACACAAGCUAGCUAGCUGCUGCAGCUGCUGGAGUCGUAGUAGUGGCAAUGGAAAGUACAACAACUGAGCCGUACUUCGUUUUCAUGAACCACGAUCCCGAAUACGAGCGCCUUCGUGCUGAUCGAACAAAUAGAGGGGUACAAGAGCUUGAUUUAUAUCUAAGUAGGAAGCAUGAUGAGCUGUUGGCAAACACCCUUGAGGCAGGCAGCUACAAGAAGACAUUAUCGUUUGUCAUUGUUGAUGGGUUUUCGGUAGACAUCACUGAGGAUCAGGCCAACGUGCUUAGAUCUGCAAAGGAAGUGAGGAUUGUGGAGAAGAAUCAAGAGCUUGCUUAAUUGGUCAUGUUGCUGAGAAGAUGUUUGUGGAUGUAGGCUGGGAAGAAAUGCCUUAUAAUUAUUAACUAUAUAUAUAAAGGAGAAAUUUGAAUCAGAUCAAUAUAUCUCCUGUACCCAUGUAUUUUAGAGGCUAAGUCAUGGUAUUGUCUUGGUCUCUGAUCCAUAUAUAAAGUUUCGGGUCAAUGUAAUAAGUCCGUCCAAGUACUAUAAUAGUUAAUAUUUAAGAAGAAGUCAAGCUUGUGAAAAAGACAUAAAUAAAUGCAUGGAAUAUCAUAUAUUGGCCGAUGA